AUGCGCGGGGUGGAGAGGUGCGCGUUUGUGCUGGUGGAGGGCAGGGAGGACCGCGCGCAUGUGGCGCUCCCGCAAGGGGAGAGCGCGCAGGCGCAGGGGGAGGCAGACGCGGCGGCGCAAGGGCGGAGGAACACAGUGGAAGUGGUGGCGGCGCUUGCGCUCAUCACUCGCCUCUCCUCUGGUACUGUCGCAAGCCUCUCCUCUAGUACUGUCACAAGCCUCUCCUCUGGUACUGUCGCAAGCCUCUCCUCUGGCACGAACGGGGCAGCAGCGCAGUGGCAGCAGGAGCUACAGCAGGUGCUGCUGCAGCCGCACUGCUUGGCGCGCCCUCGGCGAGUGCUGCUGCUUGUGCCCACGGAGGCGCAGCAGCAGGCGGCGGCCAAGGCAUGGGGCCGACUGCAGAGGCAGCAAGGACGACAGCAGGGAGGGCAGCAUGGACUGGGCCAGCAGGGAGGGGGGCAGGGCAGGCAGCAGGAGGCAACAACAGGCGCUGCCAGUGGAGUGGUGGUGGGUGUGGAGGUGGUGGGGUCACGGCAGUGGGACCCGUCUCACCCUGCUGCGUUUGACUUGGCGCUGCUGACAGCCGUGUGCGCUCCACCCACCUCGCCUCCCUCCACACACGCCGUGCACUCCCUCUGGCCACCCGCAAGGAUCCGAGCUGCCCUAGCAGCCCCUGCACGCGCCCUUCUCAUCCUGGGCCACGCAUGCACGCUCUCAGCUGGCAGUGACACGUGGCGCCAUGUCAUUGGUGGCGCAAGGGCGCAGGGCAGGUUCUUAGACUUGGAGCAGUGUGAUGCGGCCAUGGGGAGGGCCAUUCGAGCAAGGCGGGCGGCAGUGGAUGACAUGCGGUACAUGCUGCAGCAUGCCAGAGGCGAGGGGCGUGUGGCGGGCGAGGGGAGUGGUUCACAUGGGUCCAUGCACUGGCAUGAUCUUCCAUGGACGCCGUACCUUCCCCACUCGUGCAUCCCUGUGCCUCUUCUUCCUCUCUCACUUCUCAUCCCCUUCCUGUUUCCCCCCCCACACCGUCUGCCACUCCCCUGCCGGCAGGGUUUAUUUUCGCCGGAAUUCGGGGAGGCCCUGCAGCGGCAGCAGUCAGUGGAGGUGGUGCUGCUGCUGUGGCGCAUCCUGCAGGGCCGGCAUGGCAGAAGGGACGCCAAGGGGGUUGCGUGCUGGGUGGAGGGGCGAGGGCAGCAGCAGCAGGACGAGGUGUCACGGGUGUUGGAUGACAUCGUGCAUGUGGACGUGGUGGGCGAUGUCUGUCUCAUCUGGUCCACCGAUGUGUGCCAUGACAGGCACAAGCAGGCUGAGAGUCUCAGCAUCAUGCCACCUCUCUCCUUCUCCCUCCCCUUCCCCUGCAAGCAGGUGGUGCGGCUGUGGGCGCUCGUGCCGGAGAGCCAGUGCCAGCAGAGACUGCAUCGCAUCUGCAUGCAUCUCACCAGCUACUCGCCUGCCUACCUGCACUACUGCGCGCUGCACCAGUACCAGCCCUCGCCCCCCUUCCUGCGCGUGCCAGCCGUGGUGCAGCAGCCCAGCGUGCUGUGGUUUAAGCCCCCCUCAGGUGGGACUUGGCACAUCCCCUAUCCCAUGCGCUCUGCUCCUGUCCACACCAAAGCAGCAGCAGCAGCUGCAGCGCAAGUGGACGUGGUGACGCCGCCCAAGUUCAUAGUGUUACAGCCGGCCAUGGCGCUGAGUCUGCUGGGCGAGGGCGGUGGUGCUGCUGCGUGUGCGCUGAGCAGUGUGCCGUUUGAGGUGAACGCAGAGGAGAGUGCCGCCAUCCUCUGCCCCUCCAGCCUUGUCGUCCACGGCCGAUCCGAUCUGAAGGAGGAUGGAGUGGGGGGCGUGGGUGGCAGAGUAGGCAGCAGAGUGGGGGCCAUGCGGCAGGUGGUGGUGACACGAAGCCUGCAGCUGUGCGCCGCCAUUCAGACAGAGAUCACUCACGCCGCACGGUCAGUGUGCCUCACGGCCUCCCUCCAUGCAUCAUCCUGUUCCUAUUGUCCCCCACACAUCACGCUGCUGCUAUCGUCCCACCCAUGUCAUGUCACCACCACCAGAGCGCUCUCUGCCCUGGACGCCAUUCAGCCCGCCUCCGCGCUCCCAGAGGCAACACAGCAGCAUGCAUCUCCCGGUCCUUCUGCGAGCAGCAGCAACAGCAGAAGCAGCAGCAGCAGUGGUGCGCUGCUGAUGCGAGAGGACCUGGAGAGGGCGCUUAUGGGGGGCUUACCCACGUGCAUAGCCGCCAUCCCCCCCACCGCCUUCCCACUCGCCCUCACACUCUCCAAGCUGCUACGCCUGCUCGACGCCUCUGUCACUCACCCCUUCCUCCUCUCCACGCGCCGCCGCCGCAAGCGCGAGGCGGCAAGGCGGCGGCUCGUUCUGGCAGUGGCAAUGAGCGGCCAGGGGCUGAGGGAGGCGGUGGGAGGAGGGGGAGAUGGGGGCGGGCGUGGGGAGGGCGUGUGGAGAAGGAGAGGUGGGAGGCGAAUAGCAGCGGUGCCCGGGGAAGAAGGGCACGAGGAGCGGGUGAGGGCCGGUCGUUGCGAGAGGGAGUGGGGAGCAUGGGUGCGCAAGAGGGAUGUCUUGCAGGCGAUCCGGUCGCCCCUGGGGCAUGUGGGCGAGGAGGAGUACGUGCGGGGCAUGGUGGGCAGCACGCGCGCACUGAGCGCCAUGGGGGAGAGGCAGAGGCGGGCGGUGUCAUGCAUCUUCCAGGCGUACGAGCGGAAGAAGAAGCAGCGCAAGGAGUACGAUAGCGGCGACCCUCGUGGUGUAUCUGCAUCGGGAGAUUCGCAGGAAUGCGAGAGAGCCGAGAGCCCUGGUGGUCUGUGGAGGCCGAGUCAUUGA